UGGCAUAUCCAUAACUAAAUCAAGUUUCCACGUUUGUUCGCUGCCGUGCACCUUUCGUCCCUCCGUCCAUCCGUCUAUAAAAGCAGCGACAGGGGACGCUCGUUUCCUUCCUCCAGGAUAUGCAGCAUCUCAAGACAUCGCAUCAAAAACUCAAAACAUCAUCAUCAAGUCAAGCGUUUCUUCAAACAUGUCACCGUCCGGAACCACCACCACCAAGACUCCCUCCACCACCCCCCAAAAGCGCUCGCGCCCCACCAUGGAGACCGAGCCCGGAACAGACGUCAACACCCAGGCCAAGAAGCCCGCAUUGGAAAACACCGGUGAGACGGUGGACCUCCGCGUCGAGACGCAGUUCGGUGUCCCCGCGGACGUGCUGUUUGACGUGUUGGUGGAUGGCGGGAAGCAAGCUGAGGCCAUUGGGGCGGCUUGUUGGGAUGGUGAGUACUGCACCCAACGAGUCAUCCGCCGCCUGAACGUGUAUGCGACGGUAUGGCAUGCUCAUCCCUUCUCCCGGAUGGAUGUACGAUAGGCAAAUUGACGGUCGGCAAGGCCUGGACCGCAGCGGACAACUACUGCUCCGGCACCGUCCUCCACAUGAUCCCCUCCAAGCUGCUUGUCCAAACCUGGCGCGCAUCCGCCUGGCCGUCGACCACGCCCUCCAGCACUGUCAUCACGCAGCUCCUCCCGCGUUACCAGAGCCCCAACGAAACCCGGGUCAUCCUCACCCACUACGGCGUCCCCGCGGGCGAAAUCGCCGAGCGCAUCGAGAGCGGGUGGAUGGAGUACGUGUUUGAGCCUAUCCGGGUGUAUCUGAAGGAUGAGAAGAGCAAGAGGGCGAAGAGGAGUGGGAGGAACAUGGCGCAUGUGGAGAUUCCGGCGGUUGAUCCGGAGCGGGCGGGAGCGUUUUAUAAGGAGGUGUUUGGAUGGGAUGUGAGUAAGUGGGCGGAGGGUUAUUGGGGGUUUACGUCGGGGCCGAGGGAUCAUGAGUGGGGCUUUGUCGACGGCGGCUUCCCCCAAGCCACCCCCACCAAACCCAUCGUCGACCACACCAAGUACGCCGCCCUGACGCCCUACUACGACGCCUACCCCGUCGAAGAAUUCGAAGAGAAAGUGAAGAAAGCAGGCGGCAAAGUGUUGAAGCCCAAGAGCGCGACGCCGUAUGGCGUUAUUGCUGAGUGCGAGGAUACGGAGGGCAAUGCGUUCGUUUUGUAUCAAAUGAAGGCGGAGUAGGAGUGGGAGUGAUGCCCAUCUCGCCCGUCAUCACCAAUGCCAUGUACGUGGGACUGUCAUGUCGAAGAACGCAACGUCUUCCUCCAACGUCUAUAUGAAUUCUCUGAACGCACCAACAUACGUAUAACGUUUAUAUCUGGUGAUGUUCAUUGUACUGCGUGGACUUUCCGUACAUGUUGGAUCUUCUGUGUGCAUCUCCUUUUGCUUUAGCCCUUGAUGUGUUGUGGCAGUUACUUUUCCUGACUUGUGUAAAUUCCUUUUCCUUCUUGUUUCUUUGUUCAAUUCAAUGAGUUCUCUCGUCGAGCAUUUGUCGCUCAAGAAAAAGCGC